AUCAGACAUCUCCUUCCAGCUGACGCUCCAGCUCAAAUAAGCUGUCAGUCAUGUCCACAGCCUCUCCAUCAGCCCCAUCUUCUGCUACUAAAACGCCAAGACGAAGGUCCAAGGCCAAGAAGUCAGGAGCCAGCGUGUCUGAUCUGAUCCUCAAGGUCUUGUCAUCUUCAAAGGAGCGGGGUGGCGUCUCUCUGGUCGCGCUGAAGAAAGCUCUGGCUGCCAGUGGUUAUGAUGUUGAAAGAAACAACUCGCGCAUCAAACUGGCAGUAAAGCGACUGGUGGCCAGCGGUCGCCUGAUUCAAACCAAAGGCACUGGAGCAUCUGGAUCAUUUAAGAUCGGCUCGAAAGCGGCUACAAAGCCUAAAAAGCCUAAAAAGACAAAGGCGAAGAGUGCAAAGAGAAAGACGGCUAAGAAACCUGCUGGGGCAAAGAAAUCACCCAAGAAGAGAAGGAGAAGUUUGAGAAGUCCUGAAAAAGCCAGUGAGACAGCUGCGGUCAAGAAGACCACAAAACCCAAGAGAGCCAAACGAAGAGCUUCCAAAACAAGCAAAGCAAAAACGGCCAAAAAGUAAUUGACAGGAUAAU